AUGGCUAAUGCUAUUUUUCAGUCAGCUACUGAUGCUCCAACAUUUGGUUCAUCACCUCGAGGCCGCUCAUUAUCGAUAACAGCCUUUCCACCUCGUUCAAAAUCAUUUUCCGUAAAGAAUCCCGCAUUCCAUCAAACCGGUUUGAAUGAAGCUCUUGCAGAAGCUCGUAAAAGUCUUGACGAAGGUGGUAUGCCAAUUGGUACAAUUCUUGUUCAUCAUGUUCAAGGAAUUGUUGGUCGAGGUCAUAGUCAACGUAUACAAAGUGAUUGUGUUAUUCAUCAUGCGGAAAUGAUUUGUCUACAAAAUGUUGGACGAAAACCAGCAUCAUUCUAUCGUGAUUGCACAUUAUAUACUACAUUGUCACCUUGUUCUAUGUGUAGUGGUGCCAUUAUAUUCUACGGAAUACCAUCGGUGGUGAUCGGCGACAAUAAAACAAUUAGAGGUGCAGAAGAUUAUUUGAAACAAAACGGUAUCGAGGUUGAAAAUAUGAAUUCCGAUGAAUGUGAAUCUUUGAUGAAAAACUUUAUCGAUACACAUCCAGAUAUAUGGCAGGAGGAUAAUCCGCAACUGAUAGUUACAGUAUCCCAAAAUAGACGAAAAAGCACUAAGACACAUUUGUAA